AUGAGCAGCAAUGCUGUUCCUACAAAAUCAACUAACUCAAACAAUAACAAUUUAACAGUCCCCAAAUCACAACAUUCAUAUUCAACAUCAAUAGCGUCAAAUGUAUCACCACAAUUCUUUCUUAAUCAAAAUGCUCCAAACUCAUCAAAAUCAAAUUUACUAAAACCAACAUCAACUGCUUCUCAAUAUAGAUUAUCAAGAACAAAUACAAACACUACGAAUGAAGCAUACCUUAAUUACGAUAAUAAUAGUAUUCAAACUAUAGAUAAGAUUCCUAGUGUUAAACCAAGCGUUACUUAUAGUGAUAAAUUAUGGACUCAAAUAGAUGUAUUAGAUGACGUUAAGAAAUUAUCAGAAGAAGUGAAAACAAGAGGUUCAUUUUUCAAUAACAAGUUUAAUAAUGAAUUAUCAAAACUCAAACAAUCACAAAUUGAAUUACUAAGAACUAUGUCAAAUGCAAAAUUUAAUGAUAUGAAUAACACAAAUGAACUACAAAAACAACAAUUAUAUCAAUUAGGUAAUUCUAGAGCUCAUGCAUCAGGUCCAUUAACUCGAGCCACAACUAAUGCCUCAAUGGGUCAUCUCUCAGAAAAUUUACUAAAAGUCCAAGAAGAAGAAGAAGAAGAAGAAGAAGAAAAUGAAAAUGAAAAUGAUAACAAAAAAACUAACUCAAAUCAACAAACUGAUGAACAAACUCAAAAAUCAAAAAUUGAACAAGAAGUAAUCAAGAAUUUUUUUGAAUCAGAUGAUGUUACAUUUGAAAAUGAUAAUUCUUUAUAUACAAAGGAAACAUUUGAAGAAAUUAAAAAAUACGUCAAACAGAUAAAAACUGAUUUAAAGGGAUUAGGUAAUGCAAUAAAAGAAUUUGAUAAUUCUACAAGUAAAGGUUGGUAA